CCGAGCCGCGGCGCGGAGACCCCCGGGGCCGGGGCUUCCCCUGUGUACCUCCCCCCCUUCUCACUUAAGGCCUCGGCGUGAUCGCCGCCGCUAUUUGUCCGUGUCCUAUUGACCCCCCACCCCGCGCCAGAUAUCCUGGCGAAGCUCUGCCGUCUCUCGAGGGGUCCUGGGUGGUUCUGUUCCCCGGAGCACCGGGAUGAGGUGCGGGGAACCACGGGAGUCCCACGCCUGGAGCCGGGUGGGCGCGUGGUCCCUGUGUCGGCGGCUCCCCAGGGAGGAAAAAACCUUGCCGGGUUCAUGUGAGAGAUGGCGAAUGCCGAGGUGAGCGUCCCUGUGGGUGAUGUGGUGGUUGUACCAAGUGACGGGAACGAAGGGGAGAACCCGGAGGAUACCAAAACCCAAGUGAUCUUGCAGCUCCAGCCGGUGCAGCAAGGGAUUUACCAAGAGGGCUCCGAGGCCAGCGCUGCUGUGGUGGCCGUGGAAACCCACACCAUCCACAAGCUGGAAGAAGGGAUUGACCCCAGCACCCUCGAAACGAGUGAGGAAAUCGAGAUCGCCUAUCCCAUCACCUGUGGGGAGAGCAAAGCCAUCCUUCUCUGGAAGAAGUUUGUCUGUCCAGGAAUUAAUGUCAAGUGUGUGAAGUUCAAUGACCAACUGAUUAGCCCAAAGCACUUUGUUCACCUGGCUGGGAAGUCUACCCUGAAGGAUUGGAAGAGAGCCAUUCGCCUCGGAGGAAUCAUGCUAAGGAAGAUGAUGGAUUCAGGGCAGAUUGACUUCUACCAACAUGACAAAGUUUGCACCAACACCUGUCGAAGCACCAAGUUUGAUCUCCUGAUCAGCAGUGCCAGAGCACCAGUGCCAGGGCAGCAGAGCGUGGUGCAGACUCCAACCUCAGCUGAUGGGAGCAUCACCCAGAUUGCGCUGUCAGAGGAGAGUAUGGAGGAGGGGAUAGAGUGGAAUUCGGCUCUGACAGCUGCUGUCACCAUGGCCACCGAGGAAGGCAUGAAAAAGGACAUGGAUGAGAUUUCAGAGGACACACUGAUGUUCUGGAAAGGAAUAGCUGAUGUGGGGCUGAUGGAAGAGGUAGUGUGCAACAUCCAAAAGGAAAUAGAAGAAGUCCUAAGAGGUGUGCAGCAGCGGUUGGGUCAGUCUCCCUUCCAGAUGACAGAUGCUGCAGUCCUGAACAAUGUCGCCCAUACAUUUGGCUUAAUGGACACAGUCAAGAAGGUACUGGACAACAGGAAAAACCAGACAGAGCAAGGAGAGGAACAGUUUCUUUACACACUGGCAGACCUGGAGCGGCAGUUGGAAGAACAGAAGAAACUUGCCAGGGACCAGAAGGCCAAGUCCCAAACGAUCCAGAACGUGGUGCUGAUGCCCAUGAGCACUCCCAAGCCUCCGAAGAGACCCCGUCUGCAGCGCCCAGCCUCCGCUACCAUCCUCAGCCCCUCCACCCCGAUCCAGCAGCCUCAGUUCACUGUCAUCUCCCCCAUCACCAUCGCACCUGUUGGACAACAGUUCUCUGUGGGCAAUAUCCCAGUGGCAACCCUCAGCCAAGGCUCCAGCCCGGUGACUGUUCAUACCUUGCCAUCUGGCUCCCAGCUCUUCCGAUAUGCCACCGUGGUUUCAUCCUCCAAGACCAGCUCCUCGGACACCGUCACCCUGCACCCGUCCUCCAGCCUGGCACUGCUGAGCUCAGCGGCCAUGCAGGACACCGGGGCCCUGGCCAAUGUGGCAACCGUGGUCAACCCCGUGGAACUGGUGGCCAUGGAGUCUGGCAUCACUUCCACCAUCCAAGCUGUGGAAGGCACCUCGGACAAUGGGCAGACCAUCAUAGAGAUCGACCCGGCGCCAGAUCCUGAGGCGGACACAGACGAAUCAGAGGGCAAAGCUGUGAUCCUGGAGACAGAGCUGAGGACUGAGGAGAAAGUGGUGGGAGAUGUGGAAGACCAUCAGCACCAAGUCCAUAAUGUGGAGAUUGUGGUCUUGGAAGACUAGUGGAGAACGCAAGCAUCAGUUAGGGGAAGAGUUGGGAAUUUGUUUUAUUUCAGGCUUUUUUGUUAAGCAUCUUUUCCAGCCACCCCAUUUGUUACCAUGGAUAUUUUCAUUGUACUGUAUAUUUUAUAUAUAUAUAUAUAUAUAUAUAUAUAUAUGUAAAGUUUGGGUUUUUUUUUUAAACAAAGCUGGAGAAACACGUGACACUUGGAUAAGGCUCCGUGUCCGUGGAGCACUGAACAAUACCGCCAGUGUGAAGGAGAGACUGGAUCUCUGCUGGACAACCCAACCAGAAGGAACUAGCCAUGCCUCAGUGCUUCUGCUCCAGGGCUGCUCUGGCCCAGAGACUUUAUUUGAGAGACAAUAACACUUGAGUGUGGAUGUGGCUGUGAGAAGGGGUGACAGACUUGGGGUGGAACAGGUACCUCAUUUGUAUUUUUAUUUUCCCCAGGGAAAGGGAAUUCUGUCGGACCCUUCACUGUCACCUCAAAUGGAAUUUUUUAUUAUUUUUCUUGCUUUGGGGAGGCUGACAGUACAAUGAAUUUACUGUCCAUGUUCUCCUCCUCCACACAAAUUGUUUUUAUAUCUCUA